GAUCAGUCAGACGGAUUAGCGCUCAGCAGGAGCAGAGGAGAGCUGCUCCAGCUCCGCCCGCCGCUUUGUUCCCAUCACAGAGACCAUCGGACACCCUGAGAGGCCCGCUGCUUCACCGCAACAGGUCGAGGAGGAGCUCAGAUCUAAAUGUUCAUCAUGAUGAAUGAGAUGUGAGAGGAGCGGACAGAGGAGACAGACGGACCGCAGAGGAGGAAGAGGAAGAGGAUGAAGCGGAUGGAUUGAUGGUUUGAGCUGCAGUCUGGAUGCGACAGAGCAGAAAACUGCCAACAUGAUGCCGAUGUUCCUCACCGUGUACCUCAGCAACAACGACCAGCACUUCAGCGAGGUUCCCAUCACGCCGGAGACGCUGUGCAGAGAUGUGGUGGAGCUCUGCAAGGAGCCGGGCGAGGCCGACUGCUACCUGGCUGAGAUGUGGAGAGGCUCAGAACAUGUGGUCGGAGAGGGCGAGCGGAUGUUGGAGGUGCUGCAGCGCUGGGGGCAGCAGAGGGGGGAGGUCCGUUACCUCCUGCGUCACCAGAGAGCUCCAGGACGAGAGUCAGGUGGAUCCAGAGCUGCAGAUCAGAUGAUGAAGAGGAACCAGGUGAAAGCGUCUGUGGAGAGAUGUCUGGAGAAUGGGGUCUCAGCUCCUCGUCUGGACGUGACGCUGAGCGACCUGCAGGAUCUGGCAGCCCGACAGCAGCAGCAGAUCAACGCCCAGCAGCAGCUGCUGGCCUCCAAGGAGCAGCGGCUGCGCUACCUGAAGCUGCAGGAUCAGCGGCAGCAGCAGCAAGAGAUGUCCGAACAGGAGCGACUGCAGCAGCUCCGAGAGAACGCACACAACCAGGAGGCCAAACUGCGACGAGUCCGAGCCCUCAGGGGCCAGGUGGAGCAGAAACGCCUCAGCAACAGCAAACUAGUGGAGGAGAUCGAGCAGAUGACCGGUCUGUUCCAGCAGAAGCAGAGGGAGCUGCUGGUCGCCGUGUCGAGGGUGGAGGAGCUGAGCGACCAGCUGGAGGCGCUGAGGAGCAACAGACUGGAGCCUCCUCUUCCUCCUCCUCAUCAUCAUCACCACAACACCUCCACCGCUGAGCUGGAGCGCCUCUAUAAGGAGCUGCAGUUGAGGAACAAGCUGAAUCAGGACCAGAGCGGCAGGCUGCAGCAGCAGAGAGACAGCCUGAACAAGAGGAACCUGGAGGUGGCAGCGAUGGACCGACGACUGGCCGAGCUGCGGCAGCGGCUCUGGAAGAAGAAGGCCGCCCUGCAGCAGAAGGAGAACCUGCCGGUGGCUUCAGAUGGCGUGGCCCCUCAGCACGGUGUGGCCUCCAGAGUGGCGGCGGUCGGGCCGUACAUCCAGUCGUCCUCCACGACGAGUCCUCAGGGGCCUCCGGUGCCGGCCCGCCAGGAGGUAAUGGUGAAGCCGGCGUAUCCGGAUGGCACCGCCACCCUGCCCAUGCCCGACUCGUCCCUGAAGCCGCCUCCCAGACCAGCCAAACCAGCCUCAGGUUUCGUCACGUCAAAAAUAACCAAACUGUCUGAGUGGAGCAGCUCGUUACCUGAGUCCAGUGGAGGUUACAGCCACGCCUCCACCCUGCCUCGCAUGUCCAGCCUCAGCUGCCACAACUCAGGUGGUAAGACCCUCACAGAUCAGAAGGGCCUCUCUGGGUCUGACGUCCCGCCCCCUGUCCCCUCACGGACCAGUCACAUCACUGAGAACCUGCUCAGGGACAAUCAGGCUUCUGGUAAAGGUCUGCUCAAGAUGGCGGCUCCACCUCCAGUUCCCAGUAAGCCCAAACCGUUCUCCUCGUCCAGCCCGCAGACCUUCUCCAAGCCUCCCUACAGCACCGGGACCUUCCCUGGUAAAGUGCGGCCGGUCGGGGGCCACCUCAGGGCUCAGGGAGUCCUCUCCAGCCACAGCCACACCCUCCCUCUGCCCAACAAGCAGGAGAGUCCGCCGGCUGCCGCUGUACGGCCAUACACCCCCGACCCCUCUGAGGCCCCCCCCACCCUGCUGCAGAAGCCUCAGACUCUGGCGGCUUCGUCCAUCUACUCCAUGUACACCCAGCAGGGGAAGGGCUACCAGCUGAGCGGCCAGGGCACGCUGCCCCGCAGCCAGCCCAGAGUGUACGGGAAACCAGUCCUCCCAGCCUGCGGGGGGCAGCAGUCUGCCGCCGCAGACACCAUCAGCUCUGGGUCUUGUGUGUCUGACGGGAGCGAGGUCGACAACAGUUGCCUCGGUAACGGCGAAGGUGCCGGAGCAGAGACGACAGAACGCGCCACCCCGCGACCGCUCAGCCCCACCAAGCUCCUCCCCUUCCUGUCCAACCCCAACAGGAACCCCAGUGAUGCCGACCUGGAGGCCCUCCGUCGGCGGCUGCACCACGCCCCCCGGCCCCUGAAGAAACGCAGCUCCAUCACAGAGCCCGAGGGCCCCGCCGGACCCAACAUCCAGAAGCUGCUCUACCAGAAAACCACCCUGGCUGCCAUGGAAACCAUCCCUAUGGAGACAGUCGGUCCAGCGGGGACGUAUGUUCAGCCUCAGGAGGACGGGACGGGCGGUGCAGAUGUGACGUCCAGCGGCGAUGACAAGCAGUCGCUACCUGAGAGCCCAGAGGACAGCCUGACCCCGCCCCCUCUGCCCCCCCGCUCACCUCUCCCUGACCCCGCCUCCUGCCGCUCUCAGCCCUCCCCUUUGGAGGACAAGGAUGACGGGGAGGAGGUGUGUCCGUCCGACUCGGCCCACCUGGACUUCUUUAUGGAUGAGUUCCCCCCCUACCCGCCCCCUCCUUACCCCACCUGUGGCGAGAGCGAUCAGGGAGAUGAUGCCGCCAACCUGCAGCCGCCUGAGGUCACAGGCCAGGUCACAGUGCCACCGGGUAAGAGGUCGAUCCUCCGGAAAGCCGGCUCAGACCGGAUCGACCACGGCAUGCGGGUCAAGUUCAACCCUCUGGCUCUGCUGCUGGACUCGUCUCUGGAGGGCGAGUACGACCUCGUCCAGAGGGUCAUUUACGACGUGGAAGACCCCAGCAUGCCGAAUGAUGAGGGCAUCACAGCGCUGCACAAUGCCGUCUGUGCCGGCCACACCGAGAUCGUCAAGUUUCUGGUUCAGUUUGGUGUCAACGCCAACGCUGCUGACAGCGACGGCUGGACCCCCCUCCACUGCGCUGCCUCCUGUAACAACGUUCAGGUCUGUAAGUUCCUGGUAGAGUCGGGGGCGGCGGUGUUCGCCACCACAUACAGCGACAUGCAGACAGCUGCAGACAAAUGUGAGGAGAUGGAGGAAGGCUACGCCCAGUGCUCCCAGUUCCUCUACGGCGUUCAGGAGAAGAUGGGUGUUAUGAACCGUGGUGUGGUGUACGCCUUGUGGGAUUACAAGCCUCAGCGCGACGAUGAGCUCGGCUUCAGCGAGGGCGACUGCAUGACAGUGCUGAGACGGGACGACGAGGUGGAGAACGAGUGGUGGUGGGCGAGAUGUGGUGACCGUGAGGGCUACAUCCCCCGAAACCUGCUGGGGCUGUAUCUGAGGAUCAAGCCGCGGCAGAGGAGCCUGGCUUGACGGGCGGCUGACGAAUCCUUCAAAAGACCAAAACGUUAUGAGGAGCAGGAGAAGAUUAAACAUCUGGACUCGAGGUUCUUGUUGAAAAAAGACAGAUGUUUUUCUGAACUGAACCUGUUUGGUUUUUCAAUCUCAGCACAAAGAAUGUCACAACGAACUGCCGCAGAGACGGAAGAAGAACAAACAAAAGUUCAUCUGCAUCCGGUGGUAAAACGGACACAUUAUCAGUUUACCAAAAUGUAUCAGCAGAUUAUUGACCUUUGCCGAUGAGUCAUAUCGGUGUAUUCUCUUGGGUUCGUCUUGUUUUUCUUUCCUUUUUUUUAAGAUUUAAUUUUAUUUUAUUGAGUAGUGACAUGUGACAUAAGGACAAGAAACAUGGGGAGAGGGAAAAGUACGCGACAAAUAUCCUAAAUGUUGGAAUCAAACCGGAGACGUGUUUAAACAACAGGGCAACUGUCUUUACAUUUUUCUCAUGAUUAAAAUAUUUGCAGAUACAGUUCUUUGAUUCUGUUGCAGCAUCUAAACGGCGUCCACUGAAUGUAGCAACUAUUGGAGACCCAGAAUCCCCAAAACAUUUUUAUUGUGUGAACACAAACACAAGGUGGUAACUUGUAUUGACAAACUAAUUAACUUGGGCAAACAAGUUAGAGACUUGAAGGAACAAGAAACCAACUUGUUCAAACAUGUUAUUAACUUCUGCAACAAGUAACUGACUGGAGGGAACAUGAUUAUGACUUGUGCAGACAAUUUAGUAACUUGUGCGAACAUGUUAUUGACAAACAUGUUAAAAACAAACAAAUUACAAAUUUAUCCGAACAAGUGAGGGAACAAGAUGGUAACUUGUGUUAACAAAAUAAAUUAACUUGGGCAAACAAGUUAAAAGGAACAAGUUACUGACUUGCGCAAACAAGUUUGUUACUCGUGUGAAUGUAUUAGUAACUUGACAGAGCAAGUGACAGACUUAUGCACUAGAGGAAACAACAUUGUGACUUGUGCAAACAAGUGACUGACUUGAGGAAAGAAAGUUUGUGACUUGUGUGAAAAAGUUACUAACUUACCCAAACAAGUGAGUGACUAAAGGGAACAAGCUAGUGACUUGUGUAAACAAGUUAGUGACUUAAAGGAAUACGUCAGUGACUUGAGGGAACAAGUUUGUCACUUUUGUGAACAAGUUACCAACUUGUCAGAACAAGCACGUGACUUGAGGGAACAUGACUGUGACUUGUGCAAACAAGUUAGUGACUGAAGGGAACAAGAUAGUAACUUAUUACGUCAUGGUAGUUACUUGUGCAAACACAAUGGUCAUUUGUGCAAACAAGUUACUGACUUUUGUAAAUACAUUUUUAAUUUGAGGGAGCAAGUUGCAGACUUAUGAAAUCAAGUCAGUGUCUUAAAGAAACAAGAUUUUGAUUUCUGCAAAACAAGUUAGUGACUUGAGGGAGCAAGAUAGUAACUUGUUCAAACAAGUUGGUGACUGGAGGAGACACUAUUGUGACUUGUGUAAACAAGUUAGUGACUCAAAGGAACAAGAUUUUGAUUUGUGUGAAUAAGUCACUGACUUGUACAAACAAGUCAGUGACUUGGUUACAAGUUUGUGACUUGUGCUUCUUUGGGGGCUCUGUAGUACAGAUUAUGUUUCAUUAGCUUUUUUUUUUUUAAUUUAUUUUUUAUUAUUAUUUUAUCCAGUUUUUGUUUUGACUCUUGCAGGUCUGACGAGUUUCGGCUCGGAGCCUCAGACCGACUCGGCUCAGUGUGAACAGGCUGCAUUUGUUAAUGUUAGUUUGAUAUUCAUGUCAUUAAUGUUUCUCAGACACGUACAGGAUGUGCGUGUUAAUGACAAGCACUUGUUUUGAAAGUUGAUGGAAGGUGUUUUUUUAAUUGUCAUAAAACUUUAUUUACACGUCUCUGUUCUGCUGCUGCAGAGUGUCCAAAUUGUUUGAUUUUUCACUCAGUUCUUUUAAAAAACGAUAACAUACAUCGGCAGAUAUAUCGGACAGUGAACAUUUAAAUUGUCUUUUCCUGUGUUCAAACUGAGGAUUUCAGUAU